CACAUUCCUCACAACCAAAACAACACAAAUACUCAAAGCAAAUUCUCAUACAUUUGUGAUUUUUCCAUUAAUUCGAAGCAACAAACAAUGAUCAUUUCUUGGAGAAGAAGGAAGGCCGGCCGUAAGACCGAAAACAAGAAGCAAUUUUGUAAUUUGGACAUGGACGUGGACGAGAUCGCGAUUCCGACGCAUUUCCGGUGCCCGAUUUCCCUCGACUUGAUGAAAGAUCCGGUGACACUUCCGACAGGAAUGACGUACGACAGGUCGAGCAUCGAGAAGUGGAUCGAGACUGGCAACAGUACGUGUCCGGUGACUAAUCAGGAACUCAUGAGUUUUGACCAGAUUCCGAACCAUGCACUACGUCGGAUGAUCCAAGAUUGGUGCGUGGAGAAUAGGUCUUAUGGCAUCGAGCGGAUUCCAACGCCGCGGAUCCCUGUGAUUCCCUACGAGGUUUUGAGGAUUCGCGAGAGAGUCAUGGGAGCAGCGCGGCGUUUGGAUGAGAAGAAGUGUCGAGAACUGGUGGGGAAGAUUAAAGCGUGGGGCAAGGAAAGCGAGAGGAACAAGAAGUGCAUGGCGGAGAACGGAAUUGGCGGCUGCUUAUCAGCCGUGCUCGAGUCCUUUGCCAGCAGUUCAGCGGACGAAUAUGUUGAGAUAUUGGUGGAAAUUUUAACUGUGCUACCGUGGAUGUUUCCAUUGGGUGAAGAAGACCAAUCGAAGCUUGGAUCUUCAGUGUGUUUGCGAUCUUUCAUGUCGUUUCUAGAAGGCAAAGAUCUAACAGCACGGCAAAACACGGUUUUGGUACUUAGAAAGUUAUUUUCUUUGGAUCAAAAAUAUGUGGAUGCUUUCGGGAAGAUUGAAGGAGGCGUUGAAGCGAUUUUUGGGAUCAUUGGAGAGCCUAUUUGUCCUCAAGUGACUAAGGCUGCUCUGGCUUGUGUUCUUUUCAUGAUUUCAUCACUGCCAUCCGCAGAAACCAGUGAUAAAUACAGAUCAAGAUUUGUGGAAUUGGGUUUGGUUUCUUUGCUACUAGAAACUCUUGUUGACGCAGAGAAAAGCGUUUCAGAGACAGCUUUGGGGGUUUUGGAUGGUCUCUGUGAUUGCAAACAAGGGAGAGAAGUGGCCCUCGAGAAUGCUCUCACAAUACCUCUUUUGGUGAAGAAGAUUUUGAGGAUUUCAGAGUUGGGGACGGAGUUUUCGGUGUCUAUAAUCUGGAAGCUGUGCACAAUUGAAACCCAGGAAAGCUUUUUGAUUGAGGCGCUUCAAGUGGGCGCGUUUCAGAAGCUCUUGGUGCUCUUGCAGGUCGGGGUUUGUGAUGGAAUGAAGGAUAAGGUUACUGAUCUGCUGAAAUUGUUCAAUCUGCACAUGAGUAAAUUGGACUGUGUGGAUUCAUCCAUGAAUUUCAAGUACCUCAAGAGGCCAUCUUUGAGUUAGAGAGAAAAGAAAUUACAUUUUUUGUUCUUUAUAUUAUAUUGUGUUCGAAAUUCUUUUUGUACAAAUAGAGAUUUGUAAAGCAAAAUACCAUUCAAUUAUUCAAUUAUAUAUCAGGUCGAAACCUGGAACAAACAUUCAUUC